GGCGGAGCUUCUUGCGCGAGGGCGGGCGCGCGGCAGGUUUAGCGGCGAGGGCGGCGAUGGCCUGUCUGAACCCUUGGGACCCGGCGCAGCCCACGGCCGCGGGGCUGGUGCUGUCCAAGUGCCUGGCGGCGGGUGUGGUGACCCAGGAGAUGCUGGAUUUAUCUGCUAAACAAGCCCCUUGCUUUGUGCACCUCAUGGAGGUGGAGAAAAUUGCAGACAUUCGAGCUGAAAUAAACCAGAAGAGCCUGGAAGCUGAAAUCAUGGGACUGGAAAAGGAAACUGCAGAUAUUGCUCACCCAUACUUCCUGACUCAGAAAUGCCACGCUCUGCAAGUUAUGAAUAAGCACUUGGAAGCAGUGCUGAAAGAAAAAAGGACACUCCGGCAGAGGUUAAUGAAACCCUUGUGUCAAGAGAAUUUGCCUAUUGAAGCCAUAUUCCACAGGUAUGUAGCAGAGUUAUUUACAUUGGCAGUGGCCUUCAUUGAGAAACUGGAAAACCACUUGCAGACCAUAAAGAGCAUCCCUCAGAUACCCCUGACCAUGAAAAACAUGGACAAUGCUCUGGCAAAAAUUAACUUGCUUGUGACAGAGACUGAAGAGCUGGCAGAGCAGAUACUGAGGUGGAGAGAACUGCAAAAAGGAAUCCAUUAUGACAACUCUGAGAUCACUAAUGAAUCAGAUUCUAGCUUCAGAAGCUUAGUUCCACCAUAAAACAUCUUAUUUGUGCCGAAGAAAAGAUGACCAGUUGAAAGUUCUGUUUUUUUACCAGUUCUGUGUGAGAGUGGCAGUAUACUUGUACCUUAGUCUAACUUGAGACUUUAUGGUUGGAUAUCUCCCUGUUCUAGAAGGGAUAUUUUAGUUGGCAACAAGUGAUGAUUAAAAUUGGACAAUGAUCUGUAAAUGACAGAACUUAUUGGUUAGGUGUAAUUCCUCUUUGGAGUGUGCUGAUAUGUUCACACAUACCUCCUUGAAGCAAAUCCGAGGGAACUGUCAUACGUGCAUCUAAAGGUAGAAGGCAAAUGUCUGUUUCAGUAUGGAUAAAGCACAUGAUGUAAUGACUAGGCUUGUUUCUGCAAGUAUUUUGAGAUCAUAUGCUGUAUUUUCUUUAAGUACAGGAAUUUUAAAAAAAUAUAAUAGACUAUAAAAUGGGA